AUGCGGAUUUUAUCCACUUUUUUCGCCGUAAUAUUCAUGUUUAUCAAUCCCUGCAUGAUAUACAAAGUGGUCAGCGAGCUCGACUCUUUUUUCUCUAAUCGAUUACCACAAAAACUAAGUGUUCGGAUAAUCGAUACUCUGUGUGCCUACGCUUCUGACAACAAUCUCACCACAAAAAUACGUUUAUCUGUAUACAUAGGAGUCAUACUGUUAAUUUUGCUGCAUCUAAUGCUUACAUGUCUCUGCCUUUAUGGGACGUAUGCUUCCCGACCAGCAUUUAUGCGACCGUUCAUCUUCGAUGUUGUUAUUAGUUUUGCAGUGCUGUUACUUUUUGUUUGUUUCUGCAUACUGAUUAGCUGGCAGCUAACUUCAAGGGACUACACUUCCAGCGAAGACAUUAAAGGAGUGUAUCUAAGGAAAGCAUAUGUUGGUGCAGCCUUUCUGCUCCCAUACUUAGGAUGGGUGAUUGUGUCGAUAAUGGCAUACCUGGAUACAAAGAAACUCCAUGCAGACUUCAUGUACUGGGUCGUAGAGGAAAAGAUAAACAUGAAAGCUAAUGCGUCGUCGGAUUUGAGAUCAGACAGAUCAUCAAAAGGCUCAAGAACGUCAAGAGUCAGUAGCCAUACAUCCCACCGCAGCACUGGAUCUACGCUGCAGCAAAUGAAAUCAGCAAGUGUGGACGUGGUCGAAACACGGGUUGCCGUUGCUAGAACUAAACUAUCUGUUCCGCUAUGA